AGAUGCGGAUACGAGUCCAGCUAGAUGUGACUCUUCUCUUUUUGACGGCGAGAUGCCCGGUAUAUAAGGAGAGAAGACCCCGUCGAUUCUCUCUGCCAUUGCAACAACUUGAAACUCGUUGGAGAAUCGUUGAAGAACAUCUAUAAACCAACUGCUACACAACCAGAAGAUCGUCACAAUGUUGAACGACCACUCGAAAGCUAGCAUCGCGCAGAUCAUAUUCUAUAUCCCCACCGUUAUAUUGGCCUUGCAUCUUCUAUACCGCCGCCAUGGACGCCCCCGACUGGCCUGGUAUAUUCUCUCGAUCUUCUGCAUGAUCCGAGUUGCAUGUGGCAUUGUCGUACUCCUUUACGAGAAUAAACCGACGAGUACGGGACUACUAGUCGCCUCGAUCAUCCUCUUGAACGCGGGUGUCUUUCCUUUAAUCGGUGCAACAAUCGGAUUAAUUCGAAUUAUAACGUACCGUGAUUAUAAUGAAAACUCGUCAAUCCGCCAAGGCCUCCGCCUCGCCCGCCUGCUCUUCCUCACAGGCAUUGUGGUGGUGAUUGUCGGCGGAUCACUAGAAGGUAGCUCGACGACUAGCACUGCCCUGACGGGAACCAAGUUGGCCAAAGCAGGGUACAUCAUUCUCGUGGUGUUUAUUGCCGUGUUGCUCGUCUUUCAGGUCUACUUUUGGGUUCAUCUCUCUCAACUCAGCGAACCUAGCAGAAAGGUCCUUCGAAGCAUCUCGUUGGCAAUGCCCUUUAUCGUCAUCCGAUUGACGUACCUCUUCCUCUCUGUCUUCACGACGGAUGAGAAAUGGAACGAGCUCUUCGGCGAGACGGCGCCGUAUGUGAUCAUGGCGUUGAUGAUGGAGUAUAUCGUUGUGGUCAUCUAUCUUGCGACGGGGUUUAUCAUUCCGUCUUCGAGGGGAGUCAAGGAGGGGAUAAAUGAGCAAGUGGGACUUGUAUGAAUUGAUGCAUAGGUACUGACUAUCCUAGUUAUAUCCAAAUGUACUAGCAUA